AUGGUUGUUUCAGUGUUUCCGUUUCACGACGUUGUCCACUUUGCCCGUCGGGGGAGAAGGGGGGCUGCGCUCACGCAACACGUCGAUCAACAUCGCCGAACCCAGUUAAUUGAAACCGUCUGGUUCGUCAUUUGGCAGUUUUGUACGGAGAUGAACAUCCGCAGUCCAUGCAACCCUUUAGCCAAGACAGAACCAGAUUCAAGGUCUAGAUGGUCUCUCUCUUUUAUUUUUUUUUUGGCCGAAUUCCCCCCCUAUUUGGCUUGUUCGCGUGUCCGCGUAUUCUCGGCCCAUGGGAUUUCUUUUCUGUAA